UGCAGCACAUGGCCAUGCUUCCGGCGCAGCCAUCUGGGGUCCCGUCACAUUUCCCCUUCCUACCGGAGAAGCUGAAGGAGUUGGGGUAUGCUACUCAUGUGGUGGGCAAGUGGCAUCUUGGUUUCUGCAACUGGAACUACACUCCCACCUAUCGCGGGUUUGACUCUUUCUAUGGCUUCUACAAUGGGCAGGAUGAUAUGACUACUACAAGCAUACUGUUCUAUUUCUUUACAGAACGUAUUGUUGACAUUAUUGAGAAGAAUCCCCUGAGCUUGCCACUUUUCCUGUACCUGCCCUUUCAAAAUGUGCACGAGCCUUUACAGGUUCUGAAACGGUUUGAAGACAUGUACUCCAACAUUCAAAAUGAAAGCAGGAGAAUUUUUCUAGGUAUGGUCAGCGCCAUGGACGAAGGCAUCGGUAACGUUACCAUGGCAAUGAAAAGGGCGGGGCUGUGGGACAACACCCUCCUCAUCUUCACAGCUGACAAUGGUGGUUGGCCACUUUUCAGUGGAAAUAACUUCUCUCUCCGUGGUGGGAAAAUCACCCUGUGGGAGGGGGGCACCAGGGCGGCAGCCUUCGUACAUGGCAGCAUGCUGCAGAAAACAGGCUACACCAGCAACAAGUGA